AUGGAGAGAUCAUCAUCUGCGCAGGUGAAAGAUGUUGAUAAUAUCAGCAAACUCCCGAAUGAUGUAUUGCUCUUGAUAUUAUCAAGACUUUCCACAGAAGAAGCCAUAAGGACGAGUGUUGUUUCGAAACGAUGGGAACAUGUUUGGAAGCAAUUGUCUCAUCUUGUCUUCGACAUUCCACGGAUUAUCAAUUCCACAGAGCUGCGUGAUAGUUUGAAUCGAGUUGAUAUAUUGAUUACUAAGGUUAUAAACAAUCACCGUGGACAUCUAGAGAGUUGUGUAAUCAACCACUUCCCAUACCACGGUGUAACUGGAAUUCUUAAUACUUGGAUCCAAUCAGUGACUUGCGUGAAACACACAAAGGUUCUUACACUUACCAACGAUUUUCUUUGUCGGAAUCCAACAAAUAAAAUCUUUGACAUUCCCACAAACUCCUUCUCUCACCCGAGCCUUAUGUCACUCUCUCUAAGUUCAUACAUUCUCAGAAGCUCACAUCCUUUGAUAAACUGCUCGAAUCUUAAGACCCUCAAACUUGUAUUAAUCACUGCCCCCGAGGUUGGAGUCUUUAACCGGGUACUCACAUCUUGCCCCUCUCUGGAGGUGCUUGUACUAGACAUCGUUUGCGUCGACAACAAAAGUGGGGUUCCUUUGAAGAUUGAGAACAACACAUUGAAAGUUUUGCAUGUGCAGGCUAUGCAUUACGUUGACGGUAUCCAAGUGUCAGCUACUAGUCUAGAUAUUCUCAUCAUCGAAGAUGCCUCUUUUGGGAGGGAUGGAUUUUUCCUCCGGUCCCCCAAACUCCAAUUUGAUAGGAACUUUUGGGCUCCAGGGAGGUUUGUGCCUCACAUGAGCUACAACAUAUCAAAGGAGGAAAACAGCAUUGUGCAUGAAGAAUAUAUGAACAACAUACCUCGUCCGUUUUUUAGAUCGGUUGCAAUUAUGGCUGCAUCCAUGUCGGUGAGUGUAGAUUUAAGGAAUCAGACACAAGUGGAGAGAUUACGACAAGUCCUACGUCUGUGGACUCGUAAAAUGAUGGGGCUUGAGAUCAUAUUUAAGCAGGAUUACAACGAUGCUACUACCACAGAAGAAAACAGUGAGUCUUGGCAUAAGAAGUUUUGGAAGGAUAAUAUUAACAAAGAUGCCUUCCCCAGUGCCAAAUUCCGUGUGAAAACUGUGUGGAUGAAUAACUUCAGCGGUUCAGAGGAAGAGUUUGCCUUUGCGUCGUGUUUGAUCAGACAAGGGACGGUGGUAGAUAAGAUGAUGAUCAAAACGUCUUCCUUGCCUGCAAGGAAGAAGUUGGAGAUAGAAGCAGCAGUGGUCAAGCUUGAAGCACUUCAAACAGAAGAUGAAAGGGAGCUUACCAUUCAUUGUUUCUGAUAGAGUUUAAUUUGGGUCAAACCUGUUCAACCUAAUUUUGAAGAUUUGUUACACUUUUUUUUUUUGUGAAUGCUACGAACUUGUUCUUCUUUCGCUAUAAUUCAGAUUGUGAAC